AUGGCAGCCUCUCUUCCUUCCCAAUAUUCUUCCUUGAGCAAAAUCAAUGAAGAAGAGAGGGAUGAAACCUUAAAAAAGGUGGAGAGAAGCUAUGAAAGAUAUAGAGAGCUAAUCUCAACCCUUCCAAAGGAAAAAGGUUGGGUAUCUGAUUUGUGCUUGUAUGAGGGCUUUUGGUGCGAACGCCUGGCUGGUUUGAAAGGUAUCAUGUUUGCUCAGGAACAUUUUCAGGCUCGCCCCACCGAUGUUUUCUUGAUCUCCACACCUAAAUCCGGUACAACAUGGCUCAAAGCCCUAAUUUUUGCGAUCAUGAAGAGAACUUGCUACACCAAUUCCACUCACCCUCUUCUCACCACUAACCCCCAUGAUUGCAUUCCUUUCUUAGAGCUCAGGCUUUUCAGGGAACCCCCAGUCGCAGAUGUUGAGAAGUUGCCCUCUCCUCGCCUUUUUGCGACACACAUUCCUUACACGUCGUUGCCAAAGCCUAUUCUGUGUUCUGGUUGUAAAAUAGUUUAUGUAUGCCGGGAUUCUAAAGACGUGUUGAUAUCGAUGUGGUAUUAUAUGGUCAAGAUGAGAUCCAAAGAUCUUCCUCCUCUUUCGUUAGAAGAGGCAUUUAAGUUGUUCUCUAAAGGUCUCUCUAUUUAUGGACCCUUCUGGGACCAUGUGCUCGGUUAUUGGAAUGCUAGUAUGGAAUGUCCUCAAAGAAUUUUCUUCCUGAGAUAUGAAGAAUUAAAGAAAGAGACAUUGAUAAACGUAAGGAGAUUGGCAGAGUUUUUGGGGCAACCUUUCUCCAUGGAGGAGGAGAGGGAGCGGGUCGUGGAGGAAAUUAUAGAACUUUGCAGUUUUAAGAGGUUGAGCAACUUGGAGGUGAAUAAAAAUGGUUCACGCGAUGCAGUUAUCAAGAAUGAUAUGUUCUUUAGGAAAGGUGAAGUUGGAGAUUGGAGCAAUCAUCUAACAACUCAAAUGGUCGAGAGUCUCGACCAGAUUACCAAUGAAAAACUACAUGGUAUAUUUUGA